AUGUCUCGAGCACCGCCCACCUUCACACCGGACAGCGAAUUCGCGGACCAGAAGACCCCUCGCGGUUUGAAUGGUAGCUGCCUCUCUAUCACUGCACUGGCUCGAUUCGAGUUUGAGGCUGGUAAAGGCAACGAAGGCACAAAGAUUUUGAUGAUUGAAUGGGAGGAUGAUGACCUGAACCGAUCUGCAGCAGAGGGAUCAUGGCAUGUUUCGUGGACCGGCAAGACUACGGUUAUCCCCGCCGAUGAUCGACCAAGUGAUAGUCUCCGCCGUUUUUACUUCCUUCUACCGCCCAAUGUCACCAUCCCACCUGUUGUCACCUUGUCCUAUGAGCCCCGCGCCACAGCCGAGACCGGUGACACUCCAUUUGUCCCCAAAUCUGGCCAUGAUAGCUUCCAGCUAAAUCCAUUGCCCGCCAUUUUUCCACCCGAACUCGGCGCCACUGGUCGUGCGGCUGGCAAAAAAGGCGUAUUGCAUACAAUCUGGGCAAAGAAGCGCCUCCGCGUUCUUGAUCGUGAGAUUGAGGAAGAAUGCCUCAACAAUGUCGAAGGAGUUGCCCUGCAUAUGGCCGUACAGGAAAAAGAAUGGAUUGAAACAAAUUUUGGAGUCAUAAUUCGCGGCGGCGAAGUUGUUUCGACCAGUCACGACCCUUCGACUUCCACAUCCCUGCACCCCACGGGCCCUGCGACGCCAGUAUCUCCCGUCAGUGGGAGAAAGUUGACCGACAAGCUCAAGGGAUUGAAAUUGCAAACGAGUGAGAAGGACUUGGCAGUAUCGGGAAAUGACAGUAAAUCACCCACCUCUAGAAUACCAGAUCUCAAAGACUUAACCACAAAAAUAGGCUCGGGUCCAAACACAGCCCACUUGCUGUCACCACAAUCUCCUGAUGUCGCUGUAUCCUCUUUCAGCUCGUUUAGCAAUGUUGCAAGCAAGCAGGAAACUCUCAUUCCAACACCAAUUACCAACCCCACGACUACUCCAAGCACGCUGACAAACCCAACCGGUGCCGAGGGGCUGAAGACUAUUGCGCAUUUCCCUCCGUCAUCCUUGCAAGCAGCUCAGCAAACUAUUGAGCAAGGAGGAUUCGCAUCCAUGGACUCGAUGGAAUCUUUGGAUUCGAUGGUUCCACUUGUCCGUACCUCCAGUGGGGAGUCAGAAGAUCUCUUCGCCAAAGCACUCAGUCCUCGCUCCCCUGACCUCCCUCGAAGCCCAUUUUCAUUCCGUUGA